AUGAAAGCAGUGAAUUAUGUAGGGCCACAUAAGGUCCGGGUCCAAGAGGUCGAGAUGCCCAAGCUGGAACAUCCGGACGACAUCAUUGUCAAGGUCACAACGGCUGCUAUCUGCGGCUCUGACCUGCACAUGUAUGAAGGAAGAACUGCCGCAGAGCCAGGCAUCACGUUUGGUCACGAAAACAUGGGAAUUGUCGAAGAGCUAGGCGAAGGUGUCACACUGUUGAAGAAGGGCGAUCGCGUUGUCAUGCCGUUCAAUGUUGCGGAUGGUCGAUGCCGCAACUGUGAUGAAGGCAAAACGGCUUUCUGCACUGGUGUCAACCCCGGGUUUGCAGGUGGUGCUUAUGGCUAUGUGGCUAUGGGCCCGUAUCGCGGAGGCCAGGCUCAGUACAUUCGUGUUCCCUAUGCGGACUUUAACGCUCUGCUGUUGCCGCCGGGCACAGAGCACGAAGCCGACUUCGUUCUCCUCGCAGGUUGGCAUGGUGUCGAGAUAUCCGGCUUCAAGUCAGGAGAAAGCAUUGCUGUGUUCGGUGCCGGUCCCGUUGGCUUGAUGGCAGCUUAUUCAGCUCAAUUACGUGGAGCCUCUCGCGUGUUCGUUGUAGACCGUGUUCCUGAGAGAUUGGCUGUUGCAGAAAAAAUUGGCUGCACUCCAAUUGAUUUCACCAAGGGCGACGCCGUAGAUCAGAUCAUUCGCCUUAAUGGCGGAGAGGUCGACCGCUCCGUGGACGCUGUCGGUUACCAGGCUGUAGACACCAGCGGAUCGAAGGAGAAACCCAACAUUGUGCUUGAGAAUAUGAUCCGUGUCACGAGGGCCUGCGGAGGCAUGGGAAUUCCUGGACUCUACGUGCCAAGUGAUCCAGGUGCAUCUGAUGAAGUCGCCGCGAAGGGCGCAAUUAGUCUCAGUUUUGGAAGGCUUUUCGAGAAGGAAACAUAUAAUCGGUACCUACGAGACUUGAUCAUUGCCGGCAAGGCAAAGCCUAGCUUUGUCGUCUCCCAUGAGAUCAGACUGGAUCAUGCGGAAGUUGCGUACGAGAAGUUCGACAAAAGAGAGGACGGGUAUACCAAGGUGCUGAUCCAUCCAAACGGGGGAUUUGAAUCCACGACAGUCGGACAGGUCAGUUAA